GUCUUGGAGUGAAGGGUGCUGUGAAACUGGAAUUCAGGGUGAGGAGCUAGCAAGAGUCCUUGCCAUCACUCAUUCCUAUUGUCCUUUGUCCUUCUUCUGUGCAAGUUCUUUAAUCAGUCAUACUAGAUGGAGAGCCAACAGGAAGUGAUAGUAGGAAAGGUAUGUGAAAUCUAUGAGGAAAUCUCCAAACUUGGAGACCUCAACCCCUCCAGCCAUGUCAACAACCUCUUCACCCAACUUGUCACGAUUUGCACCACCCCAUGUCAAAUAGAUGUUUCUCAGCUGAGCCAACAGGUUAGAGAAACCGUAGCAAAGCUCAUUAGACUUUGUGGGAAAGCUGAGGGACUUCUUGAGAGUCACUACUCAACCAUCAUAGGAUCAUAUGAAAAUCCUUUAAACCACAUGAAACUCUUCCCCUACUACUCUAAUUACCUCAAACUAAGUCACUUGGAGUUCACCAUGCUCACCACACACUGCACCCAACAAGUCCCCUCCCAACUUGCCUUUGUGGGCUCAGGUCCCCUUCCUCUCACCUCAAUCAUUUUGGCCACCCAUUAUCUCAGGCAGACAUGCUUCCACAACUACGACAUAGAUCCUUUGGCAAAUGCCAAGGCUUAUGGCUUGGUCUCUGCGGAUCCUGACUUGUCCAAGAGAAUGUUCUUCCACACUAAUGAUAUUCUAAACGUGUCAAAUGGCCUCAAGGACUAUAACGUGGUCUACUUGGCAGCACUUGUGGGCAUGGACCAUAAGGAUAAAGCAGAAGUCAUCAAACACCUUGCCAAGUUCAUGGCUCCAGGAGCUAUUUUGCUGUUGAGGAGUGCACAUGGUGCUAGAGCCUUCCUCUACCCGGUGGUUGAUCUUUCUUCCGAUCUCAAAGGUUUUGAAGUUCUCUCGGUUUUUCACCCCACUGAUGAGGUUAUUAACUCAGUUAUUGUUGCACGCAAGCAUUUGGUGAAUCAAGGGACUUAUUCAGCAGUGUUGGCUAGCAAAUGCUAUGGAGUUGAAGGGUUUAAUCCCUUCAACCAUGGGAAGGUUAUUGAGGAGUUGACAGUUGAGGAUCAAGCUUGAGGGGAGGGACAUGGUGGCUCCUUAAUUUGUGUCGUCCAUCAUAAAUCAUCAUCUACUAACAUAUGAUGUGAUGUUAUAUGAUGUGAUAUUGCAUUAGCAGUUAUUAUUACACAAGAAGUGUAUCACCAGCAUGACAUUAUUGUUGUUGGAUAAUAAAACCUGUUUUGUUAACAUCU